AUGACAAAACCUCAUGUCCUAGUCAUACCUCUUCCCGCACAAGGCCAUGUAAUUCCUAUAAUGGAGCUUGCUCGACGCUUAGCCAAAAACGGUGUCAAAGUCACUUUUGUAAACACAGAGGUUAUUCACAAGGUCGUGACUAACAAUUUAAUGUUAGAGAAAGAUGAUUAUGAGGAUCUAAUUCAUAUGGUUUCAAUCCCUGAUGGUUUAGAACCAUGGGAGGAUAGGAGUGACCUUAUUAAGUUGACCAAAUCCAUACUAGAAUCCAUGACUAACAAGUUGGAAGAACUCGUAGAGAAGAUUAACAAACAAGAUUGUAACAAAGUCAGCAUGUAUUGUUGCUGA